AAUGGGGCAAAAUCUCUAUGGCCGUAGCCUGUAGAUUGUUUAGGUCUACGUUGAGUGAUUGCUUGACGGUACAAUUAUCCCUUUCUUCUACUUUAUAUAUACCUGUCUCAUUCGCCUCUCACCUCUCUCUGUAUCGAAUAAAUUUCAACUAUAAGCGCAACAGCAGCAGCUUCCCCAUAUAUUUAACUUCUCGAUCGCUCUCUGAGUUUCUGCGCUUUCUCCUUCUUCAUGGCUUCUUCUGCUUUGUCAUCAAAAACUGUACAAGAGAAAGUAGAAAUAUUUGUUCCAGAUGAACAUGAUGUUCUGCAGAGGCACGUUGCUUUCUUUGAUCGGAAUCAUGACGGGCUUGUUUAUCCUUGGGAAACCUUUCAAGGUUUCAGAGCAAUCGGUGCCGGCUACUUGCUGUCGACGGCCAGUGCCUUUCUGAUCAACAUAGCACUCAGUUCGAAAACUCGCCAGGGAAAAUUUCCUAAUCUUCUAUUCCCAAUUGAGGUUAAAAAUAUCCACAAAGCCAAACAUGGCAGUGACUCCGGAGUAUAUGAUUCUAACGGAAGGUUUGUUCCUUUGAAAUUUGAAGAAAUUUUCCGCAAGCAUGCACGAACGCACCAUAAUGCUUUAACAUCAGAUGAGUUAAUGGCAAUGCUCAAGGCCAAUAGAGAACCUAAGGAUUAUAAAGGAUGGGUUGCAAGUUACACAGAAUGGAAGGUGUUGUACGAUUUAUGUAGAGAUAAACAUGGAUUGUUGCAUAAAGAUACAAUAAGAGCUGUUUAUGAUGGAAGCCUAUUUGAACGAUUAGAGAAGGAGAGACAAUCUACCUCAAAGAAAGCUGAUGUGUAAAAGAAUAGCAUUGGUUUAUUGAAUCAUUCGGGCAGGGUGCCGAGUCCAAUGGGUAGUCCGGAUUCGAGAUUUGAUGAUUUGCUUAAAGUAAAAUGAAUUUUAUUAUUAUUAUUUUUUUGUAAUAUUCUUUGGUGUGAUGUAAUUACUUUGAAGCUUGUAUUAUGUAAAACGUCUUAAUUUGUGUUAUAAUAUAUAGCUUUCGUAGAAAUUUUAGUUUCA